GAGAGCUUGGGGCGGAUUCAUGGAGUAGCGAUGGCUAGAGGAGUGUCGCGGAUAUUUGGUCUUCUUUUUGCUGACGAUUGUCUGCUCUUCUUUCAAGCCAAUCACGGAGAGGCAACAGUUAUUAAGGAGUGCCUUCUUGAUUAUGAAUAUGCUUCGGGUCAGGUGGUUAAUUUUAACAAAUCUAAGGUUUUUUUCAGCUCUAACGUUUCAGCCAGCACUAGGGAGGGGUUAGUGGAGCUUCUUGGUGUGGGCCUCGCGACUGCAGAGGAAAAGUAUUUAGGGCUGCCGGCUCUCUUCGGGCGGAAUAAAAGGGAGAUUUUGAUUUAUUUGAGACAGAGGGUGGUUAAGAGGAUUCAAAGUUGGAACAAUAGGUUACUUUCUCAGGAAGAGAGGUUCUUUUAUAGACAGUGAUUCAAGUCAUGCCUUUAUAUGCGAUGAAUGUUUUUCUUCUUCCUAAUGAGCUUUGUAAGGAACUGGAAAUUCUUAUGAAUGGCUAUUAGUGGACCGGUAACACUGGAAAGGGUAUCCGAUGGAGGGAUUGGGAGUCAUUUUGUAAAUUCAAAAAGUUUGGAGGGCUGGGUUUUCGAAGAGUUAGGCAGUCUAACGUUGCUAUGUUGGCUAAGCAGACGUGGAAAUUAUUCACCGAGACUGACUCUCUGGUCGGUCGUGUUUUUAAAUCCCACUAUUUUCCUAAUGGCUCUUUUAUUUCAGCUAGGCUUGGUAAUAAUCCUUCAUUUAUAUGGCGUAGUAUUUUUUAGGCUCAAACGGUUAUCAGGGAGGGUUAUCGUUGGCGGUUGGGGGAUUCUAUUAAUGUUUGGGAGGAUCUAAAGGUUGCACGGCUUCUUUUGCCCUCUUUUGAAGGUGGUUGGGAUUCAGAUUGGGCCAGUGAGCUUUUUAAUGACAGGGACCGUAGGCUGAUUCUAAGCAUUCCCUUAAGCCGGAGAGCAGUUCCAGACCGUUCGUAGUUGCUAUCGAAGACUCGUCGGGGAGAUGUCUCUAGACGGGUGGUGGGGCUGGACAUCGGCCUGGAAAUGGAGGCUCCCACCAAAAAUGAAGUCUCUUUUAUGGCAGAUUUGUAAUGGUUCAUUACCAACAACCAUGAAUCUUCGUCGACGGCGGGUGGACUGUGCCGUGAAGUGCGGGCUGUGUGGGCGGAGGACGAAUCCCUUCUUCAUCUUUUUGUAUUGUGUCCAGUGGCUACUGCUGCGUGGCAUUUCGUGGGCUGGGAUUUCACAGGUCAGAUUUUUACGUCCUUUUUGAGUUGGUUGGAGGGGGUUUUUUCUAGCAGAGAAGGGGAAGAUUUGCUGAAAGUGGCGUGGGGAUGCUGGGGCUUGUGGUCGGAACGAAAUAGGAGGGUGUGGCAGGGGGAGUUUCUUGGUCCAGCUCAGAUUAUGCAUAAAGCAGGGUGCUUCGUGGCUGCUCGGAGUUCGGCCCAGGUAGAGGACAAGUGGACGGCGCAAGGACUUGCGACAGUUGCUCAAUGUUGGAAGAGACCAAAAGAUGGAUGGCUGAAAGUAAAUGUGGACGCAUCUGUGGGAGCAAUGUUGGACUCAUUUUCAAGUUUUGUUGUAUAGUUUCAAUCCUUACGAAUGUCUAGCUUUCUAGUUUUACUGUUGCAUUCCUAUUUCUUUAGUACGAGGAGGGAAAAGCUUUUGUGCAAGAAGAAUAGAAGAUGAGGAAAUGGAGAAGUCGUGUACGAUGGUGUUCAGAUUUGAAAUCCGAGGGGGGUCUAUGGGAAUGUGUGUGGAAUAUUUUGUGUGUAUAAUUCUAUCAUAAUCA